AGAGUGUUUUAGCCCAGCCUUUAUCACAAUUAUUACUUUUUGCUAUAAUUAGAUGUAGCAACUCCUGUGAUUUGCUAUAUGUAAAUGUAUGCAAAUUCUUCUGUGUAAUUCCCAUUCCUUUGAGUUGCUAACAUUCUAAGGAGUUCAAUCAGGAGUUAAUAUUGUGCAUAAUAAUACCAUGCCAAUUGCUUGAUUUAGAAAUUCAGUGUGCGUUUUACACCCUUUUAAAGAGUUUGUCAAAACACCAGAUUAGAAAUAAAAUACUAUAGUAAUUGCAGCUAAAUGAAGCAAACAAAGAUUACUGCAACGCACUUUACGUAGGGGUUGCCUUUGAAAACUGUUCGGUCCAACGGAUGGCAACCAGACUGCUCAUUGGAGUGGCGUACAGGGAGCAUACAACUCCCUUAUUGCGCCAGCUCCACUGGUUGCCAGUCUGCUACUGAGCACAAUUCAAAGUGCUGGCUUUAGCCUAUAAAGCCCUAAAUGGUUCGGGCCUAGCUUACCUGUCCAAACAUAUCUCUCCUUAUGAACCAUCUCAGAGAUUAAGAUCAUCCAGGAAGGCCCUGCUCUCGGUCCUGCCUCUCUCGUAGGCAUGAUUGAUGGGGAUGAGAGACAGGGCCUUCUCAGCAGUGGCUCCUCGGUUAUGGAACUGCCUCCCCAGUGACAUUAGAUCAACCCCCUCCCUCCUAGCCUUUAGAAGAAAGAUAAAAACCUGGCUGUGGGAUCAGGCUUUUAGUGAAUAGGGCAGUGCAAUAACAGAUCUGGAAAUAUGAAAUUGACUAUGGAAAGGCCUGGAUUAUGAUUAUGGAUGGCGUGAUUUUAAUGUAAUGGUUUAAAAUGUUUAAUAUGGGUGUUUUUUGAUUAAUUUAUUUUUAAUGUCUGUAUUAUAUGUUUUAAGGCAUUCUAUUAUUGCCUCCAUGUAAGCCGCCUUGAGUCCCCUUUUGGGUAGAGAAAGGCGGGGUAAAAAUAGAGCAAAUAAAUAAACAAACAAAUCUCACCAGAUAGCCAAGCACUUUUCUAGAGAGGUACAUUUUAAGCCCUUUCUAUAGGCUAGGACUAAUAGGUACAAAAUAGCACUAUCUCUGUAGUGUUAUUUUGUACCUAUUAGUAAAUAUAAUCACAGAACGCAGAAUUACCUCAUCUCUACUUAUGAUGGAACCUAAAGCAAGAUCUAUACUGAAAUGUUUAUUUUCCAACUGUAUCAAUUUGCCAUAAAUACUGCAAAUUAAUCCUGUUAUCCUAUCGCUUCAGCUGCUUUUAAAGUGUUCCAGUUUCUCCCACUUUCCUCAUUUGUCUUACUUCCAUUGGUGCAAACUGAGUAUAAAGUGCAAGAAUAGAUUGUGCUCAGUUAACUCAGCAGUCAGGAGAGGAGAAUCUUGUCCUUCUCUGUAGACUCCAGGAAAGACAAACUGCUGCAGUCUUUUCGAGCUUGCCUGUUCUUCCCUAUUGGUGACUUUUGCCAUUUUAACCAAACUCUGAUCUUGCUUGUGCACAGUUUUCAUCUGUGAAAUGUGGUUCCCAACCAAAUGGGAUUUUGUCCUAGUCUGUGACGAUCACAACCCCUACAGUGAGAAGUAUCACAAGAAAAAGAGGUUUCUUGAAGAACUGCAUAGGAAAGGCUUCAUUAUUAAGAUGAUUCAAGACAAAAAGCUAUUUUAUGGAAUUAAUGCCCCAAGUGGACUUUUCCGAAAAUACCAGUGGCUUUUGAAAAAUCCAGACAAUGAACCAGAAGUUCUGGGUGGACAGCGACAAGAGGAAGAGCUGGGAGUACACAUUUCACCAACAACAAGGAUACGUAUUGUCAGUUUUAUCCUGGAGAACACAGAAAUCGAUAGCACUAAAGAAAAACUUCACGACUUGAUAAAGAAGAAAGUAUUUGAAACAGCAUUUCCUUUACAUGAGAGAGAAAAUCUAGGAAAAUUCUUGAAAAUGAACUGGGCCCGAUGGAGAGAAAUUCUGUACCCGCAACCAAUUGGAAAAAUCAGGACAUAUUUUGGGGAGAAAAUUGCCCUUUAUUUUGCCUGGUUGGGUUGGUAUACUCGCAUCCUAGUCAUAGCAGCCGUGCCUGGCAUUGCUCUUUUCAUAUAUGGGUUCGUCAGCUUCAGUAGCAGCCAGAUCAGCAAAGAGAUUUGUUCUGCCAACACCACUAUAAUGUGCCCGCUUUGUGACCAGAAGUGCCCAUUUUGGCCACUGUCAGACACUUGCACAUAUGCCAAGGUUACCCACUUGUUUGACAACACAGGGACAGUCCUCUUUGCAAUCUUCAUGGCAGUGUGGGCCACUGUGUUCUUAGAGCUGUGGAAGAGACACAGAGCUAGAGUUGUCAGUGAGUGGAAACUGUACUUGUGGGAUGAAGAAGAGGAGGAGCUGGCCAUGGAGCUCAUUGACGGCCCAGAGCACGCUUUCCAGCAGUACCAGCAUUCCUACAUUCGUAGCACCAUUGUGCUCAUCUUGGUUAUGCUAAUGAUUGUCAUGCUGAUUGGAAUUGCCCAUGCACUGGUCAUCUACCGAGUUGUAGUGACAGUAAUCUUCACUCAGUCCGACUCAGAAUUCUUUCGCGAAAAAGCCAUUACCAUAGCAGUAGUGACAGGGGCUGUCUUGCACUACCUGACCAUCAUCACUAUGAGCAAGAUAAACAGGCGUGUAGCACUCUUUCUCUGUGAUAUUGAGAAGCCGAGGACAUUCAGUGAGCGUGAGAAGAGCUUCACAUUCAGAUACUUCACGUUCCAAUUCUUUACCCACUUUUCUUCUUUGAUCUAUGUUGCUUUCUUCCUAGGAAGGAUUAAUGGUCGUCCAGGAAAUUAUGUUCGCAUUCUUGGCAAGUGGAGACUGGAAGAAUGCCAUCCUAGUGGCUGCCUUAUAGAUCUUUUUAUCCAAAUGGCCAUAAUCAUGAUAUUAAAGCAAACCCUGAGCAACUUUGUGGAGUUCAUGCUUCCAUGGGUAAACUAUAAUCUCCACCUGCUGUGUGGAAAGACCCAAAGCAACAGCAGGGUUCAUUCAGAGGAGAGAGCCCAGGACCCCUGCAGGGAAGAAUGGCUCUGGAACUAUCAGCUUAAUGAAGUCAACCCCUUCUGUUUGUUUGAUGAGUAUUUGGAGAUGAUGAUUCAGUACAGCUUCACUACCAUUUUUGUGGCUGCCUUCCCCUUUGCUCCAUUACUGGCCUUCAUCAACAACGUCAUUGAAAUUCGAGUAGAUGCCAUCAAGAUGGUGAGAUUACAGAGGAGGAUGGUGCCCAGAAAAGCCAAUGACAUUGGAGCCUGGUUGCAGGUGCUAGAAGCAAUUGGCAUUUUGGCAGUCAUUGGCAAUGGCCUAGUAAUUGCCAUCACUUCAGAUUUCAUUCCCAUGGAAGUGUAUCAGUACAUGUACAGCCCCUGUGUACAGAAGAACCUCACUAACAUAGACUGUUUGACAGGUUACAUCAACUACAGCCUUUCUGUCUUUAAUGUCCACGACUUUGAGAACCAAAAAGAUCUGGCAGAGCUGAAGGACUCCAUGGGGAACAAUAUAACACACUGCAGGUACCGAGAUUACAGAAACAGUGAUGACUACAGCUAUUCAGUCCAUUUUUGGCAUGUUUUUGCUGCUCGUCUUGCCUUCCUUAUUCUCUUUGAGCAUGUGGCCCUGUGUAUCAAAUUGAUUGCUGCCUGGUUUGUGCCUGAUGUGCCCAGGAAAGUGAAGAAUCAACAUCUGAACGAAAAGCGUAAAAGGCUGAUGGAAAGGCUCAGGGAAAUGGACGACUCCACAGAAAUCUAGCAAAAUGUGAAGGAGUGUCUUGGGAUCAAGAGAAGAAAUCCUCACACCAAGUGCCUAGCAGAAUCAUAUUUGUAUGCUUUCAAGAUGCCAGGUGAACUCUGCAGGCCUAGCUUGAUCUUUUACUUAUACUUUUUGUGGACAUUAACUCAUCAGUGAAAUGAAACAAUGCAAAAAAUAGCAGUAUUCAUGGGACAAGUGAGACCAGUCGGCAUAAGAGGUAAAAAGGAAUGAGAAUAUUCUGCUGAUGAAAGAUGUUACAGAAAAACUAAAAGCACCUUAGUUUCUCCAAAAUUCCCCUGCUCUUCUACCAUAAAUGGUAGAAAGGAUCUCAAAACUGACAAAUGUCAACAGCCAAAAUGCAUUGGUCAUUUAACAGCCACAAAACAUAUACAUGCAUAGCUUCCUCAAACUCACAAAAUAUAUCAUAAAUAUUAUAGUUCAUCAGUCAGCAGGAAAUCAGUUAAAAUUGAAUUCACAUGGGUAUAUCAGCACACAUUUUUAUUCCUUGAUUUGAAUCUAAAAUGAUUUUUGCAUAAUGUAGCUUAACCUACAGGCACAUGGGCUCAGUACUCCCAAUUUUUUAAAAUUGCUUGGCAGUAAUCUCAAACAAGACCCCCAUUGCUCCUUACAUUUAAACUGUUGAAAAGCAAACUCUUCAAAAUAACUUCUUUCAACAUCUGCCUCACUCCCCUUGACUUUUUAAUGGUAUGCUAUCUGAUACAGGGACAUGUUUCAAUGGAUACUCAUUCAUUAAAUCAGUCAAAUUAUCUACCUACCUCGCUAAAAUGAUGGGAGACUUAAUGCCACUCUAAAGCCUUGUUGAUAUGGUAAGCAUGUCCUGCUUCUAUCAUUCAAAUGAACCUUUAGGAAAGAUGCCCUCAAUCAGGUUACAAGAAGAACACACUCAGAGGUGGCAAUUUGUGUAGCUGUAUGUACUUGCCUCACCUGACUUUUUCAGAUAUAAUUUGAUCCUGUAGAGACACAUUCACACAUAAAUGUAAGCACUGUAGUAGCUCUCUUUGAAUUCUUUAUUCAAAAUGCUUUUGGAACCCAUUUUUAUGUUUUGCCAAUUCAGAAAUGGUAUAUACACAUGCAAGGACAAUAUACUCCACUCGUAACUCAGCCAAGAGAAUUCAGAUUAUCAUAAAAUGCUGUAUUUACAAAAAAGAAAAAGAAAAAAAGAUGGAGCAGAGCAUAAGGGCAUUUUAAUGACUGCACAUAAAAGGGGAUUUUAACAGGUGCACCACAGUAUAAUAUGUGACAGAACUCACACCAGUUUCAAUUCACUUUUCUGUACAGGGGCUGUGUAUUUCACCGCACUUGGUUACUAUAUUUAUAAAUUGUUAUGUGUGUUGUAUUCUUUUGUGCUCCCUAUCAGGAUACAAAGCAAAAUAUGGAAAGCAAACCAUGUUAAUAUUUUGAUACGUUCCAAUUACUUUUGUCUAUUGACGUAAUUAUAUUAAUAAAUUAGGUAGAACUGAAUUAAUCCUGCAAUUGAUAUUUAGCAUUAUCACCAUUACACUGAAAUUCUCUGACUUUUCAUUGUGUGCUGAUAUUACUGUAUCAUAAAUGGAAAACGCUCAGGGUAUGCUGAAAGGCAGUUUUGUAUUUUUACCCUGAGCAGAAUCUUGACUUUUUGGAAAGAGAUUUAGCUGUUGAUUUCAGUGACCACAAUUAUUUUCCCUGGCUCCUGAAAUCUACUUUGCAUUUGGGACUCUAGAUGCAAAAGAUCAUGCAAAGACGACAUCACAUUUAGGGGAACUUAAAUGAAAAGUUAAUUAUCAAGGUUCCAUUGCAAAUUCUGCAUCUCACUGAAGUUAAACAUGGCUGGCAAAGGCAUUCUUUGAAAUCCAAUGCAUACUAUGUAGAUGAAUCAGCAAAACUGUUUAAUGCCAUAAUAUUCAGGAAGGAUUUUACUCAGGGAAUCUCCUUUAAAGUUAUGUCUUAUAGUAACAAGAAGAUCAGAAGUUUGACCCUGUGAAUUAUUUGAAAAGGAAUUCUUGUCUAUGGAACUUGGGAACCUUUUUUUUUUAGAUAAUCUGCAAUUCUUCGUGUUUUCUAAUCUCAUGUUUCUCGCUGUUUUUAAAGUUGUACUUUUAAAGAAAACACACACUUAUUAAAAUUUUGUACAUGUUAAUUUUUAUUAAAUGAAAUUUUAUACAAUAAACUUUUUUAAAA